CAAAAUGUCGACAUCAAAACAACGCAGCUAUCAUGAUACAAAACAUUUAAAUUUCAUUUGUUUAUUAGAGAAAAUAGUAAAUAUAAAGGAUUCUAAAUGGAAAAAGAUAAUAUAACGCAAAGUUCCACUAAAACCACGGAAAAUAUAAAAGACCAAGAUGGUCUAGUGAAUCAACUCGUAAACGAUGAUAAUUCAAUCAAGGGUGAGACCUCUAAUUUGUCUGUACAUCCUGAUGGUAGUGAUCAAGUUGAAGAGGACCUGGCGCUUAUGCGCGGUGAUGCCAUUGGUACUACAUUGUAUAGUGAACGUUUUGUGCUCUCCACAUUGCUUAAACUCACCAAACUGGAAAAGGAACUGGCGGAAAUUGAGAGUUUUGAAAAUGACUUAUGUUCAGUUUGGGAUAUGACGAUUGAAGAGGAUGUUGUCCAUCUGCUUCUGGAGCAUAAUGUACUAGAUCUCUUUGCUCAUUGCAUAAAUGCAACAACCGACAAGCGUUUAGUUGAAAUAUUAGUGGGUAUUUUAGGAAACAUGUGUAAUUUUAAAGAAUCCCGUGGUGCACUCGUUAUUGACAAUUCAUUGGUUCAAAUACUUCUUGACCUAACCAAUUGCUCUGAUUCCCCUACACUGCUCCAACUCACGCGUCUAUUUUCAGUUGUCCUAAUACAUGCUGACCGUCAGACAGCAUUGCAGUGGUAUCAACAUAUAUCACUUUGUCCCGAUUUCAUCAAAAAUAUUACGUUUAUAUUAGGCAAUUCAAUUAAUGAACAAUUGCUGCGUCAAACAAUAGAAACUCUGAAUGCUAUAUUAGCAAAAUUUGCUCUUAUAGAGCCUAAUCAAGAGGUGACUAAAAACAAUGAAGAUGACGAUUCUAAUAACGUAACGUUAUUACCAACAUUUGAGCAGCUCUUUGUCAAUGAAUCUUUAAUAAAAGCCACUACGGAAGCAUUCCUAGCUCUAUUGCCAAGGAGAGAUAAUCCGGAAUUACAAGAAAAUCAUGAUGAAGAUAAUGAUGACGUUGAAAGCACGAUUAUGCUAACACAGAGCACACAUAAUUUAAUGCAAAUUUUUCUCAACAUUCAUUGUAUUUUAACUCAGUAUGAUAACUUAUCGCAAAAUAGUUAUUUUCCACAUAUUGAUUCACUGAUGGACUGCUUGGGUUGUAUUCUCGAACCGCUUUGCAAUCCUAGGUAUAUAGAACACUUGACCAAUCAGGAACAAGAUCUUUUGGACAGCAUCAAUGAUAUCUUCGAGUCACUAGGAGAUCCUUUUGAUGAACGUUGCCUUAUAUAUACAAUCAGUAUUUGGAAUCUGUUAAGAUUGGAAAAUGAGCGACUUGCCCGAAAGACCCCACCUGAAAAUGGCUUUGAAGAUAAUGCAUUUAAAGAAGAUGAAUUUAAUUUUGAAACCGGUUACCUAACAAUACUCGAUAUGAUAGUGCGUGUCAUAAAUGCCGCUACCGAUCUGCAAUUGGAAAAUGCUUUGAAAGAAAAUCUUGAUGACAAUAUGAGGAAUUUGCAAAGCACCCUUAGUAUUGGCGAUAAUGAACAACCAUCAAAGCAAUGUUAUCUAAAAAUACAAAAAAUCUUAGAAAAUUUACAGAAAUAAUAAUUGAUAAUAAAAAUGUUAAACAUUA